GACGGUCGGUCUCAGCACAGACGUGUUCAGGAGCGCACAGGAGCUUUAACAGCAGCUUCAACAUGAAGACUUCAUUAUUCCUUCUGGUAGCUUCCUUCUGCCUGCAGAUGUACCAGCCGACGGACGCGUGUUCGUGCGGGAUGUCGCACCCGCAGGACGCGUACUGCCACGCAGACAUCGUGAUAAGAGCAAAAGUUGUGGGCAAGAAACUUCUGAACGACGGUCCGUUUGGCACCCUGCGCUACACCAUCAAACAGAUGAAGAUGUACAAGGGCUUUGAUAAGAUGCAGCACGUGCAGUACAUCUACACGCAUGAUUCAGAGAGCAUGUGUGGAGUCAAGUUUGACAUCAACAAAUACCAGUACCUCAUCACAGGUCGUGUUCAUGAUGAUAAAGUUUACACAGGACUGUGUAACUUCAAUGAGAGGUGGGAGCGUCUGUCUCUGGCACAGAAGAAGGGCAUCAACCAUCGCUACCAGCUGGGCUGCAGCUGCAGGAUCAAGCCGUGCCACUACUUGCCAUGCUUUGUGACUUCCAAGAACGAAUGCCUGUGGACGGAUAUGCUCUCCCACUUCGGUUAUCCCGGUUACCAGUCCCGCCACUACGCUUGCAUCCAGCAGAAGGAGGGGUACUGCAGCUGGUACCGGGGUAUUACCACUCGUAAAAAAGUAACCAACACCACCGACCCCUGAACUCGGCAAACAACACUUCUGCUUCCCCUUUCCAACACCUUACCACAUCCACACGGCACUUCCCUGGCCUUCGGUUCCCCCGUUCAGAAAACAGUGAAAAGAUGAAUCCUGCCGACUACGCCAGUUUCUAAUAACACUUACUGUGGCGCCUGUUAUUCAUCAAGAACUACAUCAAACGUUGCUGUGUGAGGCCUGGUGCAAUUAAUGCAGAACAUCGGAAAGGCACGAACUGAUCCUCACAAACAUAACCCGCUGUAUCCAUUCAGAAGAUAUUAUUAAAUAAUUUAUGAAGGCAAUAAUCCACGAACCUGCCGCAAAAAAAACCACAAUAAAAAAAAAUUAUUAUUUUUUUUGGUAAUGUAUUGCUUUUUAAAAAUUAUUUUAAAAUAUAAAAAUAACUGCUAUUCUAUAUGUACGCAAAUCUACAUAAUGUCCACGAUUUAUACUGUUAAAUACCUAUUUAUUAAUUGUCUCCGCUUACCUUUGGAUUGUGCUGUAAUGUUCCGUUUUUUGCACUGUAACCAUACAUAUAAUAAUGCACAUGUUUCUUUAACCACAACUGGUAAUAUAUUAUAUAUAUAUAUAUAUAUAUAUACACACACACACACACUACCGUUAAAAAGUUUAGGGUCACUUACUCAUUCGUUAUUUUAAAUUUUUUUUCACAUUUUAUAAUAAUAGUAAAGUCAUCCCAACUAUGGAAUAAUAGAUGGACAAAAUGGAACUAUGGGACUAAACAGAAUCCCAAAUAAAUCCAAACUGUGAUAUUUGAUCCUCUUCAGUUGUCCCAAGCAGCAGCUUCUCGAGGUUUCCCCCCGGGAUGAUUUUAAUCAGUAUUGAAGGAGGUCCCGUCUAUGUUGGGCACUUAUUAGCUGCUUUUCUUAAUUAUUUGGUCCAGGUCAUCAAUUUUAAAAACUUGUUUCAACUUUUUUAAAUAAAAUUUUAGUUAGAUAAAUAAAUAAAUGAAUAUAUUGACACAAUUAUAUUUUUGUCAACAAAACUAAUUUCAAAAGAUUAAUAAGAUCAUGAGAAACGUUUCAGAAAAGUGCCCCUGAACUUUGAACUACGUGUGUGUGUGUGUGUGUGUGUGUGUGUGUGUGUGUGUGUGUGUAUAUAUAUAUAUAUAUAUAUAUAUAUGUAUUUCUUUACUGUAAGCACAGCUAAAAACGAACCUUCCAGCACAACGUUCGAGAAACUCCCGAGUGGAGCAAUUGAUGCAUUUUGUUCUUUUGGCUGGUUUGUGUCUCUCGCUGUUUAUGAUAUAAGCUAUGAAAUUGUGACAGAAACAACGGUUUGGUAUUUUUGUACUUAACGUUUAGACCCACAAGAAUCCCGAUGUAAAUCCUAAAUGUAUGUCCAACAUGUAGUUUGCAUUUAUGCACCUUUAUGCACCCAUAAAAUAGAUCAGCGCUCCUCUAUAAUCCAAGUAUGUGCCAACAUUCAACUCUUCUUAACAUUUGCAGGGUAUGCUGGAAAUAUUGCCCACAUGAAUGCAGAGGCUUUCUAAAUGAUAUAGAUUAAUGUAUAGCUAUCGAAGCACAUCACAUACGGUAGAACGCCUAGAAUAAUGUGACGUUACCAGUAAACUGAUCAUGUCUCACAGAUUUCUUCUGGUCCAUUCCUCAGUUGGAGGCAGAUUAGAUGUUUCUCAUAAAGAACACGUUCAUCAUAUGUAGAGAAAUGUAAAGUUUGGUGGUGUUUGUGUAGAUGUAAACAUGUCAUGCAUUAGUUUACUGCUGGUUUAGAAUGAGAGCCUUUACUUCUGCCUCUAACUCCUGUUUUAUAACAUGUCUGCGUAACAUCCUGCUCAAAUCAGUCCUGAUUUACUCUCAUUUAAGGUGUGUGUGUGUGUGUGUGUGUGUGUGCGCGCGCGUGCGUGCGUGUGGGUGUGCGUGUGGGCGUGUGCCUGUGUGCGUGUGUGCGUGCAAACCGAUUCCUAAAGAGGUGACCAUUUUUCAAUAGGGGCUUUCAAGAAUGUUUUGAUUUUUAUAUUUUUAUAAUAAAUAUUGUGAAAAUGUC